AUGGAGGGGGAAAGUGGCGGGGUGAAACCUUUGGACCAACGUUCUCCUGGGAAUGAUGAUAAUACACCUCCGGUUCGUGGGAUUGGCUUGCGAGUUACAAAUAUUGAGGGUAAUCCUAUGAUGCCGAGACGUGGUAUGUACUCUACAGGUAAUGUUUCGGUGAUUGAUGGGUUGUUUGAGAUUUCGAAACCUGUGGUAUUGGAUGGUACGUGGGGAUAUGGAGGUGGGUAUACGGCUGCUAAGGCGGAUACCCAUGCAAACCCUAGUUCGAGUAAUGCGGUGAAUGACAUACCCAUCUUUUCUUAUGCGGACAAGGUUAAAACGCAGAAUUUACUGAAAAGAGAGGUAAAUUUCCGGAAACUGGAUGCUACGGAGACGGUUCAGGAUGCUGAUGUGCUUAUUCCUCGUGAGGUAAUUAAGAAGGUCCAGGAAAACUUCGAGAAUGUUUUGUAUGGAUAUUUUUUGGGCAAUCGGCUUCCAUUUCCUGUUGUGGAAUACUAUGCCAAAAAUGUUUGGUCUAAACAUGGGUUUGCCAAGAUUAUGAUGAACUCUGAAGGGUUCUUCUUUUUUAAGUUUAAUUCAAAGGAGGGGAUGCUGAAAGUACUUGAAGAAGGGCCAUGGUUAAUUAGAAAGGUUCCUCUUUUCUUGAAUGUUUGGUCACCUUCGGUCAACCUCAGGAAGGAGUGCAUCAAAUCGGUUCCAGUUUGGGUUAAAUUCCAUAAUGUCCCUAUUCCAGUUUAUAUGGAUGAUGGGCUGAGUUUGUUAGCGUCUAAGUUGGGUACUCCUAAAAGGUUGGAUGGCUAUACGGCGGAUAUGUGUGUGGAUAAUUGGGGAAGAAGUAGUUUUGCCCGUGCCUUGAUUGAGAUUAAUGUGGAUAAUGAUUUAAAGGACUUUAUUACGGUGGCCAUCCCGAAGCUUGAUGAGGAUGGCUAUAUUACUGAAAAGGUGAAGGUUGAGUACGAAUGGAAGCCUCAGCGUUGCUCGGUGUGCUGUGUCUUUGGUCAUAAUGACCAAACAUGCCCUAAGAAUGUCGUAACUAAAGCUAAGCAAGUUGUCAUAGAUGACGAGGGUUUCAUAACGGAUAAGAGGAAAACGGCUAGAAUAGGGGUUAUGCAAAAGAAACAGAAGGCUAAAUUUGUGUAUAGGCCGAAAGUAGGCAACUCGGGUGCGAGCACGUCGGGUACGAAGAAUGAUAAGCCGGAUUCUAGUGUGAAUGGCAAUGUGGCAACCAAAAACUCAUUUGAAGCUUUAUCUAAAGCAGAUGGGGAUGCGGAUAACUCUCUUGCUAAUGAGAAAUCAACGGGGCCAAAGGCGGAUGUAAGGAAUAGACCGAAUGAUAGUUAUGAGGAAGAGGAGGUUGUUGAGGUGGUGCCUACGGAAAUGUCUAAAUUUAUGAGUGAUACUUCUCGUGGAAAUAAUGCUGAGGGGGCAAGCACUCCCGGGUUUACGGAAUCUCACAUCCAUGUGAAUAAGUUAUCCGAUAUUUGUAGCAAAGUCUUUAGGAAUUGGUGUUGGACGUCUAAUGGCGGGUUAUGUUCCAGAGAAAAUAAGUACCAUGACCGUCGAUCACUAUGGGAGGAUUUAUGCAAUUUUAAUGCCUUGGCUCGUGAGAAACCAUGGAUAGUCCUUGGAGAUUUUAAUGUGGCUCUUAAUAUGGAAGAUUGUCUAUCUGGCCCUUCUAGCCAUUCUAUUGGCAAGAGGGAGUUCUAUGAUUGUGUUAAGGAGACUGAAUUACUUGACAUUCCGAGCCAUGGCAUCCAUUAUACGUGGAAUCAAAACCCUAGAGAGGGUAUUGGAGUCAUGAAGAAGUUAGACCGUGUUAUGGGUAAUCUUAAAUUCCUGGAACUUUUUCCGUAUGGUCAUGCCCUUUUUAAACCAGCUCGUAUAUCGGAUCAUUCUCCUUGUAUUUUGAAGAUUUCAUCGACGGCCCGUAGUAAACCUAAACCAUUCAAAUUCCCUAAUUUUAUUGUUACUAAAGCGGAGUUUAGGCAGGCUGUUUCAUGUGAAUGGGCUAAGGAUGUUCAAGGUCACUCUAUGUUCGCUGUAGUGAAGAAAAUGAGAAACUUGAAACCUAUCUUUCACAAAAUCCUCUUUCGACAAGGUAACUUGCAUGAGAGGGUUGCUGAUUUACGGCUAAAGCUAGACCAUAUUCAGCAACAAGUGGAUGCUAAUCCUUUGGAUUUGAUGCUUCGUGACGAUCAUGCCAAAUGUCUUCGGGAAUUUCAAACGGCGGCGUAUGAUGACGAGUGCUUCCUUAAGCAGAAAGCCAAGGUUGAGUGGUUGUGUGCAGGGGAUGCGAACACGGCUUUCUUUCAUAAGUGUGUGCAAAGUAGGAAUGCUAGAAAUAAAAUUUCGAGUAUUAUGGAUGUGCAGGGGAACCGGUAUGAGGGAGAUCAAGUUCCAACAGCCUUUCUUAAUCAUUAUACUAAUUUUUUGGGUAUGGAGGACCAGGUUGAGAACCUUGAUAUUGGGGAUCUUUUUGUUAACACUCUGACUGAUUUUUCAGCUAAUCAUAUGGUGCGUUCGGUGACGCGGGAUGAGGUCAAGAAAGCUAUGUUCGGAAUUGGUGAAAACAAAGCUCCAGGCCCGGAUGGGUACACUUCUGCUUUCUUUAAACAUUCUUGGGAUGUGGUGGGUGAUCAAGUUACGAACGCUGUUCUGGAUUUUUUUGAGAAUGGCCAAAUGUUAAAGCAAAUCAAUCACACUAUUAUAGCGUUAGUCCCUAAAAAGGAAUCCCCUAACACGGUGCAGGAUUACAGGCCGAUCUCCUGUUGUAAUGUCCUCUUUAAAUGCAUAAGCAAGAUUAUUACUGAUAGAAUUAAAGGAAGCUUGGAUGGUUUAGUCAGCAUAAAUCAAUCGGCUUUUGUUCCGGGUCGAAAAAUUACUGAUAAUAUUCUUCUGACGCAAGAGCUUAUGCACAACUACCAUAUUGAUAGAGGCCCGUCUAGAUGUGCCUUGAAGAUUGAUAUCCAAAAGGCUUAUGAUACUGUCAACUGGUCUUUUCUUGAAGCUGUCUUGUUGGGUUUUGGGUUUCAUCGAAAAAUGGUCAUGUGGGUUAUGAAAUGUGUUUCUACAGUUUCAUAUUCUUUGAGCAUUAAUGGGGAGCUGCAUGGGUAUUUUAGUGGAAAGAGGGUCAGUAAAGUAAAGUAUCAUAUUGUUCCUCAGGUUACUGAACUUGACAUCACAAACACACAGUCUUUUCAAGCAUAA